GAGCUUUUAGCUAUUUAAUUACGCUAAAUUGAAAAAGGCAUUGGUCUAUACAGAAUAAUUGUCAAAAUCGCACGGGAGAUUAAAACAUAGGGCACUCAUCUUCUUUCGUUUUUAAAUCUCAUCAGUAUGUUAGAUUGUUUCCCUUUAUUUUCUUACGAGCAGUUCGUCGGUGGCUCAGAAGAUGCCAAAGUGUACCAUGUGCGUCAUAAAGACACAGGGGAACCACUCACGAUGCACGUUGUUCCAAAACAGAAAGAGCCCGUUUCUCAGCAUCUUGAUUCUUCGUUGGUUGUAGAGGCAUUUCGAAUUCCAUACGCAGUCAGUCUUCGGUACACUUUUGAAACAAAAUCCAGGCAUUAUGCUGUUUUAGACGACAUCAAGGAGGAAAGAAAGUUGUACAAAUUCUUCCAAGCUCAUGGUCCCUUUGAACCUCCUGACGUCACCUUUAUAAUCGCUGAAAUUCUUGUCUCUAUCAGUGAACUGCAUGCAUACUAUACGACCUACCAGCGACUAAGCCUGAACACCAUUUUCUUCGAUGUAACAGGCCACGUGAAACUAAGAAGGGAUUUGUUCGAAGUAGUGUACUGGGUCCAAAAUGAAUGUUUCCGUUGCAGACAAAGUGGCAUUUGUAAUUAUCACGAACAAGCUGCAGUUGGACGGGAGGCUUUCGCAAAAGACUGGUCCGAUCUUGGAAUCCUGUUAUGCCUGCUUUUAACAGGGAGGAAACCUAAAAGACUCGAUGAAAGCCAUAUUGAAGCAAGGGCUGGCCUUCCUUCCAACCUACCAAAGACUGCAGUUGGCUUAAUAAAGGUUUUGCUGAACUGGAGAAAAGCACCUUUUACAGCUUCACAAAUUCAAGAGCACGAAUUCUUCUCAGACGUCGACUGGCAGAAGGCAAAAAACCGCGGGCUUAUAUCACCAGAAAUAUUUAUCAGAGCACCUCCCAGAAGCUCGUUGAAAUCUUCGUUGGCAUCUCCCACCAUAUCCAGAGAAAGUUUUUUCAAAGGAGAGGAGAGAGCGUCACAAACCAUCUUUGAGUGUUCCUAUAACGGAGACCAACCUUUCAAUGGAUUUACUAGAAACAUUCUAGGGCACCAAGGUAAUAAGGAAAAUCGUGUACAAUAUUCUCUAGAUUCGAGGCAGAACAAUUUUCAGCAGAGACAACCAGUUGAUGGAAAUAACAACGCGUUGAAAAGGACGUCUGAAUUUGAUGAAACAACUCUUACAGAAUGUAAUCACUUUCCAGUGGACAGAGACCUUAAUUUCAAUUCAUAUCUCGUGCACGAGGGAACUUCAGUCGAUAAUGUCGAAAUAUCUGACACUCGCUCACGGAACAGUUUUGAUUCAAGGCAUGGAAAACAAUUUAUUUCUGAUAAUGUCAAGGAUUUGCCUGAUAACGUUACGUUUGUGACUGCAGAGUCACUUGAUAGAGCAUUUGAGGAACAAAGGCACCAAUCAAAGGAAAAACAGGCAUCGGAUUGUGAGGCAGAGUACUCUGCGGCCAUGUCUGGAAGUCCUUUGAGUGAUUCGUUGAAACCUAACAGGUACUACCAAAAUGUUUAUAGUCCGACCUACCAACAGCAGCAAGCAAUACCUACAUUCAAUUCAUUGUACAAUAGUUUCCCGGAUAAUUACAGUGCUGGAAAACUGAGAAACCCACCGAAUCCUGCGAGUUAUGGACUUGCUUUUCAUGAACAAGUAAGAAAACGAGACGAACAGUCUUACAACUUUGAUAAACAACAUGCCUCAAAUUUUCAAUUUGACAAAUCAUUCCAAGGAAGGAAUGAUUUAGCUACGUCCUUUGCCACUUCAAGUCCAAGUGAUAUGCCAGUCACGUCACAUUCAAAAGGAACGCCAAAUUUUCCUUCCUUUACACGAUCAAGAUCAUAUCACGGUAGUUUUACAGACUCUGACAGACUAGACUAUUCAGUACCACUUGCAGCCAGCUUAAAUGUUGCAUCCCCUGUAGAGCGGGCGAAUGAACUUCUCAAGUCUACAUUUGGUGACUGGAGGGUAAAUACUUCUGAGGACCCCAGUCUUCGCCGAUAUUCAGAGGGUUCUACAAAAGCUUAUCUUUCAAAAAAUAGCCUCGUGAUGGACAAUGACACGGUGAAACCUCCCAGUGGAAAGGACUGUACAACUGAGCCUCUUCAUAAGCGAUUGAGUCGUUCAUUGAUGAACAUGGAUACCCAUUUCAAAAAUGAUAACUACUCUGCACCUAGUACAAAUCUAACGACAAACUCACUCCUCCGUAGGCAAGGGGAAUCUGAAGACAGUGGGCUGUAUUCCCAAGCACCUUGUUGUGAAGGUGAGGAUGAGCGCUUCGUAAGGGACUUUCUAACUCAGUCGUUACCUAUAGAAUAUAACUAUGAAAGAGAUGAUGACAUAUUGAAAAGUACAUGGCCAGUCGGGCCCUCAUUAAUUAACACAAAUAGACCCAGGCCUGUAGUUGUUGAUGUUGCAAAAAGAAGCUCGUCGCUGAUGCAAAAAAUAUCUGAUCACGGUGCUUUGCAAAGAAUAAGGGAAGGGGCGUACUUACAGCGAAAACGAGACUUCUCUUUACCCAUUAAACAACCACUGACGUCAUCAAAAAGUAACGGUAUUGAAACGGCAGUCAGGAAGAGCGGCAGCUUAAAUGAUAUGCAAAAUUCGAAGAGUUUUGAUGAUCGUUACUUAUCGAUUGAUGAAGAGGCGCGGAACAUGUCUUUGCAAAGCUUAUAUAAUAAUGGAUUGCCAAGAUCUGUCUGGGGUGAAGAAGAAAAUACUGUCACAAUGAAACCACGAGGCUCCGAUUCGUCGAUAGAAAGUCCCGUCGAAGUUCAAAAAUCAUGGCAUGAUCGUCAAGAUGUGAUUGUCGAUAAAACUCCUUUCAAUAACUCAAGUAUAACAGAAUCAGAAGGUGUUGAUACAGCCCGGUCUAAUCACAAGCGAACAAGAAGGGGCCGAUCACGAAAAUCACAUGAGAAAUUAGUUUCAGGAAAGGUCGAGACAGUUAAUGAGAAACGCAAAGAUAGCAGACUUUGUAUGGAGAACGUGGAAGAGGAAAUUAUUGCUACUGAUGCCGUUGAAGACGAAGUUUUUCUUGAAAAUAAUGAUUGCAAGAAUGAACUUGUUUCUAAGAAUUCCUUUGAAGUAGAAAGCAAGCAUGUUGAAAAAGUCUCAAGUGAUUCUGUAAUGAUGAAACAUGACGUUGAUAAGACAGCUGUUUCUACCAACCGUAAGGCUGCCUGCGGUUAUGCGAAAAAUGAUGGGAAACCCGAUGAUGAUGAAGAGCUCAGGGACACCAAAGUAAGAAAUGACAUCGUUAAUGAGACAGGCAAGCUCCGGGAAGAUAAUCACGAUGAUAAAAUUAGACGAAGAAAGCUAAGGAAAAUGGCAGAUGUCAAGAAAGCAAAGAAAAUUGACCAAGAGUCGAAACAAGUUCCCCAGAGUCAUGAGUUACGAUCGGUAGAACAUUCCAAAGAAAAUUUCGCAGUUAGGGAGAAAGAGCAUAUAACGAAAAGUCACGAUGAAGCUAGUAAAGCUGCAACAGAGGUGAAAGAAAUUUGCGAGGAAGAGACUUUAAACGACGAAGGUAAAGAUGAAAAACGGAAGCAGAAGAAAAGUACCCGAUCUGUUAGUUUCUAUGAUAAUGGGAAAAAUCAUGAAAUCCCAGGCAAGUCAUCCAUAUCCAGAAAAAGCAAAAGUACUGGAACUCUUUCCACUCGUCGAUCGAGACUAUCGGAGACAAGUUCAUCUAAGGAAAAGGACGUCAAGAUUGAACUUCUUCCAAAUCCGAAAACACACAGGGGUGGACACAGACGGUUGAAGAGUGCUGAGGACCAAAGACAAGUAGGAAACCGGGAGCCUGUUAAACUAGAGGAAAGAAAAGGUAGUUUAGAUUCGAAUAUUGGAAAGAUCCAAAACGAUGCUAUAGGUGUUAACGAUCUUGUCGAUAGACUCAAAGUCAUAAGCGAAACAAAUAGGUCAUGUAGAAACAGUCCGGUUGUUGAGCGCCGGUUUAGUCUUGAUCCAAAUGGCGAAUUAGAUCGUGUCAACUCUGUUCGAAAUAUUCUAAAGCCAAAAAUAACCGUAGAAAAUUCAACGCCAAGAUCGAGCUCGCCUGUAUCGAUAAACGAGGAGGACAAUCAAAGUAAUAACAGCAGCCCCGAAAGAAAUGUCUCCAGGGAGUGCUCAAUUGGGAGCGCAAGUGAUUUGUGGAUCGACGAAGAAGUAAUCAAUCGUCGGCGGGGGAAUCGCUGCAGACGGUCGGUGAGUGCUGCAAGUGGGAGAAGUUCAGAAAGUGUGGAUCUGUUCAGAGCAAAGUAUGCAAAGAGCCCAACAUUGACAUCCACGUCAAGUGAAGAUGAUACAAACAGAGACCCAGAUAAACAGAGUUUUAUUAGUGGAAGAAGCAUCGAUAGCGGAUUGUCGGAUAUAUUUGAAACAAGCAGGGAAGAAACUCCUGGUCUGCAAGGUCCUACAAGACCAAAAUCUCAUGCAGUUGCCAAGUCAGACAGUGGGGUAAUGAAGGAUAUAAAUGACAUCGGCACCAGUCAAUCUGAUGAUGUCUUUGAAGAAGCAGAUCCCUCGGAAUGCAGCAAAGAGCUAGAAAGCUUGUGUCAUCAUUGUCAAAAUGGUUUUAAAGAAGAAAGUGAAAACACCAGUAAUGACUUGUCACUUGCAAUCUGCAAGAAAUGUGAUAAGAAGAAAGUGGAGCGAAAAGAAGCAAUUGUUGAGCUCAUUCAGACUGAGAUUAACUAUGGACAAGACCUUAGAAUUCUGAAAGAGGAAUUCUAUGCACCAAUUAAAAAUGGCGGAAUACUUAGUCCAGAGAAUGUCAACGGAGUGUUCUUAAAUCUACAGGAGCUUAUCGAUGUGAAUUCGAAGCUGUGUAUAACUUUACAGGGCGAUUUAGAAGAAUGUAUCACAAGAAAUGACCAGGAACUUGAGUCUCUGGAAGUUGGUCGUGUUUUCCUUGAAAAUGUGGAAUUCUUUCAGGCAUAUGAAGUAUUCUGUUCUAAGCAGGGCCAAGCUGCUGACCUAGUUGAAAAUCUGCAGAAAAAAUCGGAAUUACUGCGGAUUUUCUUACAGGUAUCCUGCAAGCAAAACUCAAAACUUCGAAAAAUGGACUUAAAAUCAUUUUUAACCAUGCCCGUUCAAAGGAUUAUGAAGUACCCUUUGUUGUUGACGCGAAUUUAUCGCGCAACUCCACGUGGAAAUGCUGAUAGAGAAGCACUGAUUCACGCACGAAGAAAAAUCGAGGGGCAAAUUACAAGAAUUAACGAGAUUGCUGCUGGACGUCCUCCAAAGCUGCGAAAGAGUAAAAGCACAAGUGCAUUGAAUCAAUCAGAAUCGAAAGGAAAUCAGCUAACAAAGCUAGUUGCUGACAUCCUUGACUGGAGGCUUGAGGAAACGCAGAUUGUAUUAUCAGAUCCUAUGGAGGCGUCGUCAACUGAGCUGAUUAAUGUCGAAAACUGGAACAAAAAAUCCAUGAAAAAAUCCAGCAAAGUUCAAGUCAUUCUGUGCGCUUAUGGCGUCCUUGAGCAUUCGCAAGCACUGGCAGGAAAGAGUGAAGACCCGAUCAAUUUGGAUCCGCGCAGUAAAUGUGAAGCGACGAGUGCUGCUGUUAUCGUCUUGCGACGAAAGUCAACCAAUCGAUAUUCAUUGCAUAAGAAUCCGAUCUUGCUGGGGAAAGCUGUUGUUUCACAGAGAGCAGAUGUUAAGAUUGCAUUCGAAAUUUUACCUAUAUCAAAAGAACCUAUAACAUUUGUGACUGAUGACCCCUUCUGCUGUCAAAAGUGGCUGAAACAUUUGCAGUUCUAUUCAAAAGACCUUGGGUUAUGGAGAGCUCGACGAAAUGCUAUGGCUAAUAUCAUGAUACAAAGUAUGUCAUAGCAAAAGAGCGACCAACCUUGGCUUUGGGCUCGCCUGUGAAUUUUAUAUGGAAGAGAAAGAACAUAUGUUCUUUUACUCUCAGAAUACAUCAGAUCAAGGAAAAAUUUAAGCCGCUGCAGAGAGACGGAAGCUACUCUGCUGGCAUGUGCUCUGUUUAUAUACAUUAAUGUUGAAAACAUUGAAGCAAAGCUUCCAGUGUUGCUUAACGAAUACAAAAAAGUCUAAAGAAAGAUAAAGAACCAGUCUUACUAAUGGCGUAAGAAAAUCGCAUGUAGUCAUCAGUGACAAAUUGCUUGUUUUGUAAUAAAGAUUAUUGUUGUUUCAAACUGUAAAUUAUUUCAUUCUUUUAUAUAUGAAAACUUGAUGAAUGCCAACAGUCCUUCAUAAAA